ACUGCGAGUAUAUAUAUGUCCGCCGGGAGGAAUUUUUGGGCUGCCAUUGUUACAAUCUAGCGACCGGGUCCGGCCGGGGCGAAACCGGUUCAAAGACCGUCUUCUCGCCCCAAAGACGGCCGCGACAAUUGACACCGGAAACGUGUGGCGAGCGAGAAGACGAAGAUCGACCCAGCGGACCGUUCCCCGGCCCAUUGAGUGUGGUGGAGGAGGCCAGCGAGGAGGUGGCGAAAAAGGACCACGACUAAAGAUUUCUACAGAACAAUGAGCCCAAGUAGCCUCCUCCAACCACAUCGACGAAGUAGUACGCGUAGACAACCACUUUAAAGUCUAUAGCUGCUGGUUCCGGCACCGGAAAGGCGUCUAACAGGGUGCUCAAUAUAACCCAUGAACACAAAGGAAGAGAAAAGAGCAACGAGCUGGUUGCAGUCAAGUUCCCUUUAGUGACCCAGACACAGUUUCCAUGGAGGCAGGUUCUUCCCUCAGCCUCAAACGACGAUAUGAAGAAGUGGACAACGGCUCUCCCUUUUCUACACCCAAAGACUCUGACGAUGAUAUCUCCAGCAGUGACAGCGCUGACAGCUGCGACAGCCUCAACCCAUCCUCCAGGACAGAAUUCACUCCCACCUCAAUCCUCAGACAGCACAAGCUGUCGCCUGGAAGAAAGAGGGUGCGUUUCGAUGCCGUUACAGUGUAUUAUUUCCCCCGGAGGCAGGGCUUCACGAGCGUGCCCAGCCAAGGGGGCAGCUCGUUGGGCAUGGCCCACAACCACUCCUCCAUCCGACGUUACACGCUGGGCGAGUUUGCUCGGGAGCAGGAGACCAGCCACCGACACACCUUACGCCAACACCUGCGCCAGGAGAAGCUCAACGCCCGCAAGCUGAAGCUGACCAGGAACGGCACGGUGGAGUGCGCCCAAGCCGAACUGCUUACUCUGGACGACGUUUCGGAUGAGGACCUCGACGUGGACGCCGUGGAGGUGGAUGACUGCUUCUUCCUUCAGCCGCUGCCCACCAAGCGGCGCAGAGCCCUUCUGCGAGCCUCUGGAAUCGCACGCAUCGACGCUCGAGAGAAAACGGAGCUCCGAGCCAUCCGCCUGUCCCGGGAGGAAUGUGGCUGCGACUGCCGUCUGUACUGCGACCCUCGACACUGCGGCUGCAGCCAGGCCGGCAUCAAAUGCCAGGUGGAUAGAAUGUCCUUCCCAUGCGGUUGCUCCAGAGAUGGUUGCGGAAAUUUAGCAGGGCGAGUCGAGUUCAACCCUCUUCGUGUCCGAACGCACUACCUGCACACCAUCAUGAAGUUGGACCUGGAGAAGAGGAGGGUGCUGCUACAAGUGCCCGGGGAGACAUACACCGAGUCGGACCGGGUGUCCUCCCCGUUCUCCGCAUCCCCGGGCUCGGAAGAGAGCGGGGUGCGUGCAUGUGUCUCGGAGGCGGAGGAGGACAUCCUUGAGCGGGAGAAUGAGACCGCCGUGUUGCACCUGCAGAGCGCCGAGGAACAGGAGAGACGGGAAAGGGAGGUUCGGGCAGAGGAGCCGCAAGUGGAGGAGGUACUCCUGCAGGGGCCUUUCCCGACUGGGACCGCCGUGCUCUGCAUCAACCAAGAGGAGGAGAGUCCCGCAGACCUUCUCAAAGACUCCGCCCCUCUCAACUACUAUCAACUCAGCUCCAUAGAGCCGGCCACUCUGGAGCCGACAGAGGAGGAGGUUCAAGAGGCCCCAGGGGACGAGUCUUUCCAAAGCGACCAAUCGAAGCUCGCCCAUCAUGAAGGAUGUCUCGAAGAAAGUGUGCAAGUAGCAGCGGUGACGGACUCGCUUCCUCCUGAUGUUUAGUCCGCGCUUCUCCGCAGAUGUUUUGCACAAAUAUAAACACACUUUGCAUUGAACUCAGUCGUAGAUGCUGAAAUGCAUGGAAGAUCAGGAGUCAUAUGCUGCCGUAUAUGCAGUCACAUGACUUUCAUUGUGAAUUGUGUUGGGGGUGGAGAACACAGCCUUAUGCAAAAGAAAAUGCAGGAGGAAGUCCUGCUUGCUAACUUUAGAGACAUCCAAGAGAAAAUGUGAGUGACAUAGCUAACACUUUGUAACGCAGCAGACCUGUCCGUGCUGCAGUCAAGCCAAAUGACGGCGUAAACUGACCUAAUAAUCCUGGAAAUACUUGUUUUCUCGUGUACUGUACAGCGUUUGUGUGAUUGCGAGGCCGAGAUCAUCUGCGUCGGCCUUUUGCUCGUCUUUCACAAACGCCAUCUUUGUCGUAGUUUCAAUGGCUGUGAUAUUAUCAAGCCUUUGUCUGAUGGAUCUCUUGUGGAUGAGGCGCCGCUGGAAAAAAUCAACUUUCAUCCACUUGGCGUUGUGCUAGAACCCCGCCUGAGCAGAUUUCUGCAUUACUUUCACCACACUGCUAGAACUCCACGUGGUCUUUGACUGUUUACAUUCGGAUCACAAACUGAUAGCCACUCUGGACCUCUUCUAGGCAGAGAGAGAGGCAGGCAGGCAGGCAGGCAGACAGACAGUUGUACUUUGUAUUCUGCAAGGGGGAAAUAAAGAUUGGACUAGACUACAAGCUGUGGCCUGCUGUAGAGAGCAAUGCCAGGCCUUCUCUGGACCUGAUCCAAUAUGUCCUCAAACAACCCCUGUUGGACGCUACAAUACCCGCAGUCCGAUUUCAACAGAUUUGGUGUAUGUGGUCCUGCUCUAAAUUCUAAUGUCUCACUCUUUUAGAGUGUAACCUUGGUUAACUCAAAGAAUCUCAGUUCUAGAGUCAAACCGCUGUUCUAUGGUGUAACCUUAGAGCUGCCCUUGAACUGUGCAACGUCAGUCUACAAUCUUUAAGUUGUCACCUAACACUGUCCUGGAGUGUGGGGCUGGCUUGUUUUAAAGUGUUACCUCUGGCCUUUUUCUAGACUGAGACAAACGAAAGACAAUCAACAAGGUGUGCAGAAGCUGGAUAAAGAUCCAGAUCAUUUUAAUCAGGUGUCAUUGGGAAACGUCUAAAACAUCCAGGAAAGGGGUCUUUAAGGACCAAGAUUGAAUUAUCCCCUUCUAGAAUAUGUUCUAGAGCAGUGGUUCUUAAACUUAUUGGAGGUACCGAACCCCAUCAGUUUCAUAUGCGCCUACCAAAGGAAACUGACUACAUACAAUGUGGUCGGCGACAAAAAAUGAGUUUGACACCCCUGCUCUGGAAUGUAACCUAGAUCGGUUCUAGAGGCUUGACUCCAAACCAGUUCUUGAGUACAGUAGCACCUGUACUAGAGACGAGUAAACGGCCUGCUCUGGACUGGAAUGCUUCUCCUCUUCUGGAAUGUCACCCCUGGCCUGUUCCACAACAAUGUAGUCUUCCACCUUUUCUCUUCGAUCAUUCGUGUUCGCUAUUAUAGCCUUGGCUCACUUUCAGAGGGUCUGGAGGGGAGCCAAAAUUUGUAGUCUAAUCCGAAGCCAGAUCUUGGAUCCAACGCAGUUUGUGCGAGAGUGUGUCACGAGUGUGACACUGCUGUUCUAAGGUCAAACCGCAACUGGCUCUUGAGUGAUAUUUCUGGCUUGUCCUAGAAUAUAGCUUUGGGACCUUUCAAGACUAUUUUACAAGCUCUUGAUUCCAACCCCACAUAUAUUAGAAUCCAACACUAGAUUAGGUCUUGAGUGUAGCUCCUGGAUUGCUCCAGAGUGCGAUGCCCAAUUAUUUCUGAAACAGCUACCUUGACCUGUUCUUCAGUCUAGCCUGGGAUAUGUUCAAGAGGAGUACCACAGACUUGUAACUGUUAAUAUGUCCCCAUCUGUUAAGUCGAACCCGUUCUAGGGUGCCUGGCCAGGUUUGAUCCAGAGUUAGCCAGUCAAAACCCCUCACGUGCAAAAUGAAGUAUAUCUAUUGAUACUCGUCUAGUGUAACGACGACAUUUUAUGCAUCGUCACCUCUGAACAAGAGAUGUCAUAUGAAGAAAAGAGCAUUUUGAGAAAAAUGUGACAUUGUGUGUACGUGUGUGUCCAUAAGUGUACUGUAUUUAGAGAGCUUGGGCAACAUAAUAAUGAGAAAAUUCUGUGUUUUGGAAAGGAGCUCAUGUUACAGACUUGACUGCCCUUUCCUUCCACAUUCUGUAACUCUUCAUACAGGAGGUCAAGGAAGGUGACUGCUGCUUUACCGCGACACAUUCUUGUGCUGAUGAUGAAAUCUCGUUGUGACCUUUUAACUUUUAUGCUAUUUAAAUGUCUUUAAAAAACCACACUAAACUAUAUUUUAUUUGGGACGUGCUGACAUGUAUAAGAAUUUGGUGUAAUUUUUUUGCCUUUUAUUUUUUUUUUGUCUUAAUCCAAGUGUGCUUCACCAAAGCAGUGGUCUUCAGAGGAUUACCGUCUUCAUCACGCUCGGCUGUUUUCGAUCACUUUUAGCCUGGGACCACUGCACAAGUAUGUGUGUGUGAGCAAAAGAUAAGUGUGAUUGCUGGAAAGACUCAAAUGAGCUGUGGAGAGCCUCUCUCAUGAAAUUGUUCCCAUAAAGUGGGCAAAAGAAGGUCUUUUUCUAUAUAAAAAUAAAGUGCACAUUUAAGAAAUGUAA